CUUUUUUUUUUUGUGGGGCGCAGGUACACGGACAUGGAGAGCGAGGACUACCACUUCUACCAGGGCCUGGUCUUGCUGGAGAACGACGUCUCCACCCUGGGCUACGACCUCACCUUCAGCACCGAGGUGCAGGAAUUCGGGGUGUGCGAGGUGCGGGACCUGAAGCCCAACGGGGCCAACGUGCUGGUGACGGAGGAGAACAAGAAGGAGUACGUCCACCUCGUCUGCCAGAUGCGCAUGACCGGCGCCAUCCGGAAGCAGCUGGCGGCCUUUUUGGAGGGUUUCUACGAGAUCAUCCCCAAACGCCUCAUCUCCAUCUUCACGGAGCAAGAGCUGGAGCUGCUCAUCUCGGGGCUGCCCACCAUCGACAUCGACGACCUCAAGGCCAACACCGAGUACCACAAAUACCAGGGCAACUCCAUCCAGAUCCAGUGGUUCUGGCGAGCGUUGAGGUCCUUCGACCAAGCGGAUCGGGCCAAGUUCCUGCAGUUCGUGACGGGGACGUCCAAGGUGCCGCUGCAGGGUUUCGCCGCCCUGGAAGGGAUGAACGGGAUCCAGAAAUUCCAGAUCCACCGCGACGACCGCUCCACCGACCGCCUGCCCUCCGCCCACACCUGCUUCAACCAGCUGGACCUGCCGGCCUACGAGAGCUACGAGAAGCUGCGGCACAUGCUGCUCCUGGCCAUCCAGGAGUGCUCCGAGGGCUUCGGGCUGGCCUAGGGAGGGGGGCGGGGGGGGGGGCACCCCCCCAUCCCACCCCACCCCCCCACC